AUGAACGGAACCACUUCGAAGGAUUCCGGUGAUCCAAAGCGGCGUUACGAUGGAAGAUCUCUUAUAUCCAAGCCAAUCCGAAACUCGUCUUGCACGGUACCGAACGAGCUGCUUGAAUUUGACUAUUCCUAUGGAUACGACUGCAAACGUUACUUCAAUUUGUGCAAAAUCGAUGAAAACGUCCUGGUGUUUGCCUCCGGUAACUUGAUUCACUUCUUUCACGUUGCAUCUCGCACGGUGACUACUCGGCGUAGUUCUACCGGUGGUGGUAUCGAUUUCCUGCUCCUGGUACAGGUCAAUCCCAGCGAGGAGUUUUGUCAUUUGACGGUCGGUGAGAAUGGUACGGAUCCACCGAUUAUCAUCUAUCAGUAUCCGGAGAUGGAGGUGGUCAGCAUCUUGAUCGGUGGUACAACGGCCGGAUACUCUCGCAUCGAUUACACGGCCGAUGGACGAUUGCUUAUCUCGCAGGGCAUCGAACCGGAUUACAUGCUCACGGUGUGGAAUUGGGCGGAAGGAGAGAUUGUGCUGCGCUGCAAGUCCUUCUCCAACGAUGUCAUCAACGUCAUGUUCUCGCCGAGUGUGCCGGGACAUAUUACAACUUGCGGUAAUGCUCCCGUCCGCCAGUACGGAUGUCUAGGUCACAUUAAGUUUUGGAGAAUGUCAAACACCUUUACCGGGCUAAAGCUACAGGGUGAGCUGGGUCGCUUCGGUAAGACGGAAAUCUCCGAUAUUAUCGGCAUUCUGCCUCUGCCGGACGAGAAAGUCCUCUCCGGUUGCCAGUGGGGUAACAUUCUGGUGUGGGAUGGUGGACUUAUUAAGCUCGAGGUAUGCCGGAAGGCCCGUAAACCCUGCCACGAAGGGCCGAUCACGCAGCUAAGCAUGCGUGGCGGUGAGGUGAUGACUGCCGGGCUGGAUGGUAAGAUCAAAAUCUGGUUCUGGGAGACGGUCGAGCUGGCCGACCCACCCGAUGAGGAUCGGUUCGUGGAGAUUGAACCAAUCAUGGAGUUUCGGAUCGGUGGCGAUGCGCACCAUCAUAGCGAACUGAUGUGUUUGGUUAGUAAGCAAACGCAAGAAGACUUUCAAUGGUAUGCUCAGGAUGGUGCCGGUGGGAUAUGGUUGUGCGAUCUAACGCCCGCUCAUCAUACGGAACCACCGCAGCAGCUAUUCCAAUGCCAUGCCGGUGCCAUUGCGGCCGUUCAGGCCAGUCCCGUCUCUAAUCACGUCGCCACGCUUGGUGUAGAUGGCAAACUGUGCGUUUACGAUUACUCCAAACGGGAGCUCCUGUUAACGCAUCAGUUCCAAUGCCCAGGACGAACGAUGCUUUGGAUUCCUCCGACGCUGGACCCUACCGGUGCUAUUCUAGUGCUGGGGUUCAAUGAUGGAUUUCUGCGUACGGUGGCCGUUAAUCUGCACGAUGGGCAUCUAGCCUACCCCGAGAAUCGAGUCAACUUGAUCCAACUACUAAAACCGCACGGCCACCCCGUGACGGCAUUGUCACUAAAUGAACGCGAAACCAUCCUGGUGUCCGGCUCAGAGGACAAAACCAUCUUCGUGCAUCGUUGUGUCGGCAGUGAUCCUCAUGUGGUUCUUGAACCGAUCGGUCUCGUGUACACACCAUCGGCGGUAACAUCGAUUAGCUGGAAGCCAGCAACCCUGUCUACGGCUCUCGUAGGCUGCCGCCAUGGUCAGUUGCUGGAAGUGGAGCUCCCGGAGGAUCUGGUGGAAUACACCACCAUCUCGUACCAUCUGCGCCACGUGGAAAUCAAGCAGCUAGCAUUCCAAUCGGUCAAAUCGGAAAUCAAGCGAAAUCUUCUGGUGGCUGAAAUCGAAAAGCGGAAACAGGAAAAGCGUGCACGGAAGCAGCAGACACUCGACCGGAUGAAGCAGGACAAUCCCAAGGCGGAGAUCAAUGAGGAAGCAUUUUUGGCUGAUUCGGAUGACGAGCAAGAGCUGGAACCACUGUACAUCCCGAAAGUGCCUAACCCGAUCCUUUGGGCUCGUUACACCGACGAGGACACACUGUGGCUCGCAAUGGGAGGGUACGAUGCUGGAUAUGUGUACGAGUAUGGGUUCGAUGAUGAGGAUCCAAUCUCUUGCACACCGAUACAGGAUGCCGAGGACACAGAGCUAACCUGCUAUCUGCAGGACACAAAUUACAUCAUCUUCGGUACGAGCGAUGGUGCCGUGAGGGUGAAUCGAAGAAAACCCGACUUUCGGGAUCUGGAUGAUCAUUGGACGCUUCCGAUGCACGACAAUCGCACCGGGCGCGUCGUAGGCCUUGCAUUUAGCUACGAUUUUACCCAUCUCUUCAGCAUCGGUACCGAUGGUAACUUGUUUGCCUAUCGGUGGUACGGUGCAGGUGAUGCCUUCAAAGCCGUACCACCGAAACCACUGGAGAAAUGCGUCAAACGGGUGUUCGACAUCGACGAGAGUAGUUUCCCUUCGCUGGAGGAACAGAAGGCACGCCGAGAGGCGGAUCGUUUGGCGAAAAUUGUGUCCGAUCGACGGAGUGCCGUACAGCGGACUGUAGUCGAAUAUCGGAAACGAUUCGAGGAACUGUUGGAUCGCAAUAGCCGGUUACCAGACGCGUACCGCAUCCCGGUAACGGACUUUGUACUAGAUGAACGUAUCAUGGAUGAUCUGAAGGAACAGCUCGCGGCCGAAAUGAGGCUUGUGCAUCGCCGGAUGGCUUUCGAUGUCGAAAAGGUACGCAUUACAGCCGAGAAGCUUCAUCGUUUCUUCCUGGAACCGCUCGAGAGUUUCCCGAUAGAGGUAUUGGCUGUUAGGGGUGGACAGAGUGUCAAGAGUUUUCGCAUCGAGAGGCUUGAUGAGGAAUACGUUUCUACCUUUGCAAAGGUGGAGAAGCUUGUCGAAGAAGAGGAACUUCGCAAACGGGUUCCCGAGACGUCUCCUACAAAGCGCAGGGAUCGGCGUAAGGAUUCACAAAUUCAACGAAAAGAAUCGUUCCUCGAAGGCUUAUCGCAAUCGACGAUCGAUUUCAAGCUCGAAAGUAAAAUGAGACGACUUCUAGCGAAGUACCGCGACCGAAAGAACCAGGAGACGGUUCGACAACAAGAGUGGGAAGAGCAUAAGGGCUCGAAACCGGAUCCAAACAUUAAUGAUCCCGCAGAUGAUUUGGCUAUCAAAGAGGCGGCCAGCUCCAUCGGAGACUACAACCUGAAGAGUGAUCCCGAGUAUGAACCAACCGAGGAGCAGGUCGAAAGCGCCAUUGGCAAAUAUCGAGAGUUACUGCGAGUUCGCCAGCAAAUGUUUGAUAUCCAGAGAGACUACAACCUCAAGGUGUUUGCGCUGAGAGAACAGAAGCUUUCGCUUAUGCACUACGUGACGAAGCAGAAGGCUAAGCUGCGCGUGAUUCACGAGGAACUGCCAAGCGAUAAACAGCGACAACUUCCGGUAGAGGUAACGAUCAACCUAGAAGUGGAGUACGCGGACGAUCAGUACAAGUUUGAAGAGGACCGGACCCGGUUCGAUCAAUCGAUCGAGAAAAUUAAAGCGCAAGGACAGACUAAACCGGACUUGGAUCAUACCGAUUCCAUCAUAAAAGAUGCUCUAGGAUUGGCCCCAAGCACCCCUAAAACGGUCCUCAAUAGACACGAGCAAGAACUGCGAGAUAUGCGCCUCAUUAAGAAGCUGUUUAAGCAAGACAAAAUCAUCGAUAAGGUGGCGCGGCGCAUCGAUCAGUUCGAUCAGGAGCUAAAAGCUCUUUCCCAAGAGCGGCUGCAAGUCGAGACGGAUGCAAAGUUGCUGGAAAACUUUCAGCUAACGCUCUACCAGGAACUGUGGAUCUUGAAGGAUUUCAGUAAAAUAGAGUCAGAGAUCGUCCAUUCCGUGGAACAGAUCACACUCGAACGCAAUGAUUUGCUGAAGUCGGUACACGAUGCGCGGGCGGCGAUCGAGCAGGUAGAACAGGAAAUUGAGACGAUACAGAAGGAGCAGCGAUCGAACUUACAGCGCUUCAACUCCAGCUGCCUAGACAACGAGUUUUCCAAGGUGAUGAAACGGAUUUACAAGAAAAAGUAUAAACCUUGUAAGAUCAACGACAACGACUCAGACUCGUCGUCCGAGUACUCUUCCGAGGACAUUGACGGCCUGGAGGGCACUAAUGAUAACGAGGUGAGCAAAGUGUUUCUGGAUGUUAAUCAAUGUCCGGCCGGAUGCGACCAGGAACUGUACACGCUGGCGAUACAACUGCGCAACGAGAAGCUUGAGCUGCAGCGCCGCUACUACGCCGAGGAUAGAACGCUGAAAGAGAUGCACAAAAAUCUGGAAAACUUGAAACCGAAACUGGUCGAUACCGAUUUGCGAUUGGAUGGGAAAAAGCGCGAGCUGCUGGAGCUGCGGCGAGAGAAACAGCGACGAUUGAACGAUAUCGAUACGCUGGUGAUUGUUAAAAUGGAUCAGAUGCAGUACUUCCGAAUCGAGACGGAGUUUCACGACGUAGAGAACAGUUUGAUGUUCAAUCGGGAGGCUUUACUGAAGCUGUACUCCCGUGUCGAUCAACUGACAGCCGAAACGCUCGAAACAAAGCGAAAGCAUCGAGUGAACGUGGUACACCUAGCGCGCAUGAAGACGGACAUUAAGUAUAUGCGGCAGCAGCUGGUCUCGCUCAAGGAGGUGAUUAAUGAGACAAUGAUGAAAAAGUUUGGCCGCGUAAUCGAUCUGGAUGAGCUGGAGGAAACGAUUCUACGCCAGUACACGUUCGAAAUGCGCGCUAAUCUAGACGACGUGAAGAGGACCUAUGCCGAACGGACCAAGGAACUCAAGAAACUGUUCGCCAAGAAACAAGAGGAAUUGAAGAAAGUCAUCCAGGAGGGCACGGAGAAGCUACACAUCCUGACGGUGCUUCAAGAGGAGUACAAUAAUCUGGAAAAAUCGUUGGCACACCAGAAGAUACUGCUGGAAAAGCGCAACACCGCGCCGCCGCCAACUUACUCGGACGAUCUAACGAAGCUGCGCGAGAUAGCCAAGAUACAGAAGGAGCAAAUCAACACACUCCAGCGGGAGAUCCGCACACUGAGCAUGAAAUGUAAACCGCUGUCGGCGGAAAGUCCCGAUGUAGAGAUCACCAUUCCACCUCCGGUGACCGGUGGCAAACCAGUCCCAAUGGCUGAUGAAUCGGUUUACAAUGCGGUGAUGGACUCGGCACCACCAAGUACCCGUGCCAGUUCACCGGAUAACUUCCUCUACAAUGAAAUUUCCGGCCUAAUCGACGAUUUCCUAAUGGAGCAGCUUGGUUCACACGUACUGCAGUCGGACAUUAAGCGUGUCGUGAACCAUCUGGCCCAUUACCUAUCGAACAUCAUUCACAACUUUGCCCCGGAGCAUGCGAGCGAUCUGUUGCCGCACAUUAUCGAAAAUUUCAAGUCCUUCAUUCCCGAGGAGCUACUCAUCACGAUCCCACCGCAGGCGAUCGCGGAGCUGAUCGAGAGCAUUUUCCGCACUUUCAAGGAAGGCUACGAUAUCGAUACGAAGGAGAUACUGGGGGAGAUCGUUAGCAACAGCCUGGAGAUGAUCUUUCCGGCCUCGCAGAACUACUCGCACAACAUCCUGAUGGACAUCAUGAAGCAGGUCCUGUCCACGCUGCAUCUGGCCGACGUUAGCCAUCCCGAUACGAUCGCAUUCGUGGCCAACGGUAUUCGUCACAAACCCGGCAUCGAUGCGGACGGUGUCAACGUGGAGCAGGUCUGCGAAGAGCUCCUGGUCUACGCACAGGAGAACACGGUCGAAGACAUCACGCCAGAAACGAUCCGGAGUGUAAUCGAGGGUAUUCUGAAGUGCGUCCGGGAACAGUAA